ACCAAUUGGAAUCGCAGUCGGGAUAUAGUUAUAUCCUGUCCCGAGUGCUGAUUCAGGAUCAGUUCAGUUGGUGCAUUUACUUACACUUUUCCUACCAGGAGCGUUUUUGUUAAACUGUUCUUAGAUCAGCAAUCUGAGCAUGAAAUUCGCAACGGAGAAGAACUACGUGAGCUGGUAGCUCACUAGCCAACGAGCUUGCAGAUUCUAAGGACUCGGGAGUUGUGCUAUUGAGAAUGAGCAUGGCAGACGGUUUUAAAGGAAAAACGUCAAAAGAGCAGAAAUACGACCGACAGCUCAGAUUAUGGGGCGAUCAUGGACAAGAAGCGUUAGAAAAUGCUCAUGUUUGUUUGAUCAAUGCUACAGUUUCUGGGACAGAGAUUCUUAAAAACCUGGUGCUUCCAGGCAUUGGAGCAUUCACCAUUGUAGAUGGACACAAAGUCUCCGGAGAAGAUGUUGGAAACAACUUUUUUCUAAGUAACAACAGCAUUGGAAAGAGUCGAGCACAAGCUGCCACGGAGCUGCUACAGGAAUUGAACAGUGAUGUUUCUGGAAACUUUGUCGAGGAGACUCCAGACAAGCUCCUGGACAAUGACCCAGAGUUCUUCCACAGGUUUAGCUUGGUGAUUGGCGUUCAGCUCCCAGAGAGCACUUUUCUUAGACUGGGGGCCGUUUUGUGGAAUGAAGGAGUGCCCUUUCUGCUGUGCAGGACUUAUGGUCUCAUUGGGUACAUGAGACUUGUGGUGAAAGAACACACAGUGAUCGAAUCACAUCCUGACAACGCACUGGAGGACCUGAGGCUGGACCACCCCUUUGCUGAGCUGAACAGUCAUGUUCAGAAUUAUGACCUGGAUAAUAUGGAGAAAAAGGAUCAUAGCCAUACACCAUGGAUAAUCAUCGUUGCUAAGUACCUUGAAAAAUGGUUCAGUGAGCACAAUUUUCUGCCACCGAAGAACUACAAAGAGAAGGAAGCAUUCAGACAGCUCAUUCGGCAAGGAAUCCUCAAGAACGAGAACGGAGUGCCUGAAGAUGAGGAGAACUUCGAUGAGGCCAUCAAGAAUGUGAACACCGCUCUAAAUCCCACCAAGAUCCCCAGUGCAAUAGAGGAUCUCUUCAAUGGGGAGCCAUGCAAGAACAUUUCAUCUCAAACGCUGUCGUUCUGGGUGAUGGUGCGGGCGGUGAAGGAGUUUGUGGAGAAUGAGGGUGCAGGAAAUCUGCCUGUGAGAGGCACCAUCCCGGACAUGAUCGCCGACUCUGGGAAAUUCAUCAAACUCCAGAACAUUUACAGAGAGAAGGCAAUGCAAGAUGUCACAACCGUGUCAAAGUAUGUGGAGUCUUUGCUGCAGUCAGUUGGAAAGCCCACAGAAAGCAUUUCUGAACAAGACAUUAAGCUCUUCUGUAAAAACGCAGCUUUUCUGAGAGUGGUGCGCUGCAGGUCGCUGUCUGAGGAGUACAGCGCGGACUCCUUCUCUAAGGACGCGAUCACCUCCUACAUGGACAGCCCAGACAGCGAGAUGGUGCUCUACCUCAUGCUGCGCUCUGUGGAUCGCUUCUACCAGCAGCACUCCCGCUAUCCAGGCGUCUACAAUUAUCAGGUUGAGGAAGACAUUGGGCAGCUGAAGUUCUGUGUGAACAGCUUGUUGCAAGAAUACGGCCUGAAUGUCAAUGUCAAGGAUGACUACGUCCAUGAAUUCUGUCGCUACGGUGCUGCUGAACCCCACACAGUAGCAUCUUUUUUGGGAGGAUCCGCAGCUCAAGAGGCUAUCAAAAUGAUCACACACCAGUUUGUACCCUUCAACAACACCUUCAUUUACAAUGCCAUGUCUCAGACCUCUGCCACUUUCCAGCUGUGAAAUAAAAUACCUGGCCUAUGCCAUACCAUACCAUUAUUUACUGUGCUGUAAAAUGUUCAUUUGUUAUUUAAUGGUCCAGUUGUACACCCUGUAAGUUUAGCAAAAUAUCACAGAAGUAUCACAGUUGUUCCUGUCACUUCUUAAAGGGCUUUAGCUUCCCAUUGUCAGGCACCGUUUGAUGGAAGUUGUCAGGAGUUUGUUCUGCAUAUAGCCCUGGAAAUGCAGCAUUGAAUGAAUUCACAAUCUUCUCAUGUUUGAAACUCAUGUGCACAGUAUGAAAUGCUAAACUGGUGAGGUGGUAAGCAUUGAAGAGGGUUUAUCCACGGUGGAAAUAAUUGUAGAUUGUCCAUAAACUACCACAUAAUCCCAACAUUGGGGGGUUUUGUUUGUCAUUUGAAAACUUCUGAUAAAAAAAUUCUGAUAGUCUGACUAUAUUUUGCCAGUGAAGCCUUAUUAGCUAUUCAAAUUUCAAAGUUUCCUGCCAAUUGUUGACUUUUUUGUGUCCUCCUUUCAAAGAAUUGCAGACACAUUGUUUGCAUAGUGAAGAAGAGAAUAGUGAAUCUUUAUUUCAGUAUACAUAACUUGGCUUAUUGCAUCAUGGUUUUGGUUAUAAAAUGUCGAACUCAAAUAUUCCCAUUCUAAAUGUCCUGUAUUUGAUAUCACUCUAUCCAUGGUGUACUGCACAAAUGCUAUGGAAAAUUAUUUGUUUCUGUCCCAGCGAUGCAGAAUUGUGGUAAGGUGUUGAGUAAAACAUUUUCCUGCACCAAUGUGGGGAGGGGGAAGAAACAAUAAAAUUGUACAU